AUGCCUUCCCCCGAGCCCGAAAAGGAUGAAAUAGCUCCGGCCAAACCCAAGGCUCCAACACACCCGCAAAGGACAUCUCCCGUCAAGGGCACUCCCAAUGGCACACGUAUACAAAAACCGGGAGAUAAGCCACGGACUCCUGCCAGCUUACCAAUACACAAGCGACCACCGUCGAAGAGAGCGGAGCCGACAUUGCUUAGUGAUUUUCUGCUGGGCAGACCAUCAGCAAGUCGCCAAAGACGGAAAAGUCUCGAUGAAGUCAAGGCGGAGAUGCGAGAGAGCGCUGUAAAUAGAAUUCAGAAGCCAGGAGGAGUUCAUGAUCGGGUUAAGCAAUGGCAAAAAGCUAGUGCAGCAGCUGCCAUUGAGGAAGCCGAUGAUCCAGAGUUGGAGCUAGAUGAGAUAAUAGUGGAGGUGGAGGAAGAGAGUGUUGUUGGGCCCAGUAUUGUGACUGAGGAUAAUAGGCUCCAUGUCAAAAAUCAGACCACUCGACCUGGACGACGGAAAAGUAGGGACCCCGAAGGCUGGGUCGCAGAAGUGAGGAGUAAGAGUGCACCUCGGAAAAGAGUUAUAAGCGAUGAUCAUUGGGUGAUGAACAAGAAUAAGGCCUCUCCAAAGAAAAGAGAAAUCAGAGUGACGACGCGGACUAUACCCAAGGACUUUCUGAAGCAAACGGCUGCCAAUCCCAAACUGGAAAGCAAAAUUGCCGAUUGGGUCAAGCGUACGGAGGCUGAGGCCGGGGGGCAUGGAGGGGCCCAGUCUACUCCACGCGCAAGCAAAACUCCACAACCGAAAACUCGUGGGUCACACAAAGACAAAAUGAGGGCCAAGUCCUUAGAAGAGAUCAUAGUUGAAAUUGACGAGGAGCCGAACCGGAGACCCGCAAAAUCCGGAAGAAAAGUCGAGUCAAGGAGCAGUCCAAGCUCACGAAAGGCUUCGAACCAUGGAUCUAAAGAGAGCCUCAUUAGCUCAUCGAAAGGGAGACAGACCCCUAAGUCAGAACCAUCCAGGACUCCAGCCAAUGAUGGCGUUCGAGUCAAACCAUGCGGGUCGAAUGGUCGAUGGGAGGAUGGCAUUCGAGUAAAGCCUGUUCAAGCGAGAUGGAAGACUCCUGAGGCCAAGAAACAGAAUUCCGGGGGCAAUCCAUUUCUCGACGGUAUCAGCCUAAAACCGACACUUGUUCAUAAGGAGGACAGCCAAUCAUCUCUCAAACCAGAGACUUCAGAUGAGCUUUCGCCUCACAAACGCAAGUCCGAGAAACAUCUUAAGCCACCGAAGGAGAACGAAAGAAAAGAUAUGGGCAACCACUCUGAUGACGAUGAAACUGCACAAGCCCCAACUCGUCGUUCUCCAAACUCCAAAAGACAAACGAGAAAAUCCCAUUCGCCCUCCGCAUCCGUGGAUGAGAUUCCCUUUGGAAACUCUGCUUUUAGUACCUUGGAUCUGCCCAUUGGUGCCGAAGCUGGCAAUACUGUGAAUAAACCUAAACCCCAGAGGAAUCCUAGUUAUCUAGUACCAAAAGUCCUCAAACGUGUCUACAAUGAAGGGAAGAAGAUUAUGCAAGAUACGCAUGAUACACCUGAAAUGCCUCCAAGAGGUGGUGCUAAUCGUCCUCCAACAAUUGAGUCUUGGCUCAAUAAUACCACAGAUCCUUUUCUCGAUAUCUCAACCCCCGUUCCAGUUCCAAAGUUGGCAGAAGAGUCCACGAGAAAAGAUGAUGAUAAUGAGGAGCUCACUUUAAAACCUGAACAUGAUCUGAAACAAAGACUUGAAGAUGAACGCAAAGGAACAGGAAGUAGACAAAAACGCGUUCGAAAAGCUUCAGAUAACAGCUUCAGAAGUAAUAGCGAUAAGUCACCUCUGGGACGCGUUCUGGAUGAUCCAAUUGAUCUUAAGAAACCUCUCACUCCACCCGCGGCUGGACUUCGAAGAAGCCCGGCUUUACGUGCAGCCUCUCCUCCUAUAGUUGGGUCCGCUCGUAAGUCGCCUUUCAAAGACGCUUUAUUUGGUGCAUUCCGAGGUGAAUCUACAUUUGAGGGUGAUUUAGACCCAAAAAAUGAUGAUCCCGACCAAGAAAAGGAGAAUAAUGAUCUGGACGAAUUCAAAAAUUCGGUUCAUGGCCUAAAGACAUCUGAAGAUCAUAAUUCUCGGCGCAGCCAUUCGUCUGGUACUAACCUUGAAGUGCCGGACCACCAUCGAGAUAUCUCAGACAGGCCGAGAAGAAGGAGAAGAGUUGGAAACUCUGGUGACCAUCGCUUAUCCACAAUCGCAUCUGUUGAAACCUUUAGCACUCUUUCGUCUGCAGACACUUCAUCCAAUCCUACUAAUACUACUCUCACACAAAAUACAAUCCAGACUGGACGGUCAGACUCCAAUCUUUCGCGCAGAACAAGCAAUAGAUCGGGACUCAAACGAAGACUUACAAAGCAUUCCGAUCUGGUGUCUAUGCUUUCGUUGCCCGAUGCACCAUCAUCUAACCGAACCAAAAGUAUCAGAUCAGCUCGAAGUGUGCGCACCGCUCGAAGUAAUUUAGAAACUGCUACUGAAAGGGAUUUGAUGCGUGAAUUGGCGGGCGACGAGGUAAAAUACAUGAGAGAAUUAAAGACAUUGGUUGAUGGGGUGAUCCCAGUACUUCUCACAUGUGUUCUCUCCAAAUCAGACUCGGCCAUUGCUGCUGGCCUCUUCAAUCCCGAGUCCACUGACAUGAAAGAAACAUUUCUUACCAAACCAAUCGUUGACAUGGGUGUUGCUCUCGAACGUCUAAAGAGUCUCCACAGACGUAUUCCACUUGAAGACCCCGAUGAUCUCAUAGUUUGGCUUCAAAGAGCCCAUCGAACUUAUCAAGAUUACACUCGUGCAUGGACAUUGGGCUUCCAGGACGUCAUUGUUAAUCUAGCACCUGCUUCAGACACAGGAUCUGCAGAGGAGAAAGAAGUAUCGUCACUUGACAGCGUUCCACGCAAUGCUGAUGGAGAUAUUGUCAACUCGAAUGGUGAACGGGUCGAUGUUGCUUUCUUGCUCAAGAGACCUCUUGUGAGAAUAAAAUAUCUCGCAAAAUUAACAAAGGGCCUUGACAAACUUAAUCAUUCCGAACUCUCGGGGAAAGCUCUUUCAACAUUCGAGGAUUUGCAAGAAAUGGCCCGCCGUCGUGUUAAAGAAGAGCACGCUAGACUCGAAGAUCUCUACGCCAACAAUACUGACCCAAAUCGAGCUCGGAAUCCCCAAACACUAGCCCCAAUUGAAGAUGCUCACAUCGAUCGGACCAGACAAGUCUCUGCAAAAGAUUUCUUUGAUCUUGACUUCCCACAUUCUAACGGCCAACGAAUCGAGUGCCGUGUAGAAUUGAUACUUCGCGAUAAUCUUUCCGACGAAAUUGACCCAGGAGACAUCCUAAUAUGUGCAUCAGAAAUUACACCAGAAGCUACACAUCGCUACUUACUCUUUCCCCCCAUUAAUAGAGAUUUUAUAUCUGCUUGUGCUGGAGACAAACCUGGUGAAGUAAUAGUCAUGAUCCGCGGUAUACAAAGGCCCAUAGAGUGGCGGGAGAGUUUGCUUCUGAAGGGUGCUGAGCUUGAAACUGCAGCAGAAUGGAUCGAAAUGCUGGGUUCCAUCCCAAUGCCUCAACCAGUUUUGAGCUCUAUACCGGAUAACACGGAUACGGCAUCAAUGAUGUCUAUGGAUCCAUCAGAGAUAAGUGAGACGGGUGAUCCUGAUGAUAACGAGUUGCCAAUUGGUGCUCGUCGAAGGAGAAGAAAACACCAUUCAAAGGAAAGACUACGAUCUUCGACCUUUUCUACUACAUCGUCUGUAGAGGUUCCAGCCCCCCUAAAGAUAGAUCGCAAAGAAACAUCAUCCCCUGGCUCACCACGACGAUAUAGAGACGUUUCUCUCGAGGAAAACUCUAGCAAAUCGCCUAUGAGACGUUCCAAUCCAUCAAGAUACCACAGUCGCACCCGAUCUACACCAAGUUCACCUCUGUCAAGUCAACUUGUUCUUGACAAAUCGGAUGAAGAAAGCAGAGACAAUGAUGAUUUCGAGGAAUAUGAAAGUCGCACAUCUACAUCAGGCAUAACAUCUCGCCGACCCCUCACACCCUCUGAGGAAUUUCCAUCUAUUCCAAAAGUUCGCAAAACAAGCUCUGCUUCUUCGAUUGAUAGCACUUCUACCACCAAAGACAAUAACCGACGCAACUCAUAUGAUACAUCAGAUUCACAAGAGACAUACACCCGAUCUCGUAGCCUUGAUUACACUGAAGAAGAAAGUACCCCACCACCACCGCCGCCAGCUCACAGGUCGAUGUCUCCUAGCGGCCUUAAGCAACCAAUAAUCAUCGAGCCCCCAGCACCAAAAUCAAGAUCUCGACGCACUUCCUCUCCACUUAAGCAUGAAUACCGACCUUCUGAUAUAUCCGAUAUAUCGGAAAGAUCUGAGGUUUCUGAAGAAGUUUCCGAAAUAUCCUAUUCAUCAUCUGAAGAAUCUGAUACAGAAGAAGAAGAGUCAGCAUCUAGUUCUGAGGAAGACGAACUCGAUGAGCUUGAUGAGCUUGAAGCUGCUGAUCUCCUAGAAGCCGAACCUGCUCCAAGCAUAUAUGGCAGACGUGCCAUUUCACCUACAACCUCUCUUUAUAGUUUGCCAAAUGUCACUUUGGCGCCUUUAGCUUCCACACCCCGAGUUCCAAUCAUACACAAGGUCAACAAUACAGAUAUCAGGAAACACGUCGCCACUGUAACAACUUGGAACAAUGCUAAAGGCCGCUGGGAUGAUGUUCAUUCGAGAUCUUGCUCCAUAAUCGUCAGUCCAGGCUUGAUUGAAGUAUUCGAAACGUCAUCCAAGCAUUCCUCUCCGAUUCUUUCAACCAUUCAAGAAUCGGUUGUAGAAGGCUCCGAUGACACAAGUUCCAACGGGGACAAGAGACCAUUGCUUGGCCAAGUACUUACACCGGUUGUUACGCUCAGGCAAAGUAACUCACUCGAUAUUGAGAUACAUUCUCCCCCGACGAGUGACUCUCGAGUUAAAUGCAGCUCUACAAUCAGAUACCGUAGUUUGAAUAAUCCUGCCUGUGUUGACUUGUACAAUUCUAUUCAUAAGGCUCGCAUGGAUAAUCCAACAUAUAAGAAGCUCGAAGAGGAGCGACUUCUCAAUUCAUAUGGUGGAGCAACUUACGAAACUGCAGUUGCCAACAAGAAGAAAAGCUUCUUGAGCUUGGGACGAAAGAAGAGCUAUCGUGCAUCAACCCGUGCACCAUCUGUCGUGGUUUCAGAGCAAAGUAGCUCUCCGUCUACUUCCCGUCUUUCCGAAUCCUUUAAGAGGUUAACCGGAAGUUCAUUUUUCAAUAUCGCAAAGUCUUCCAUAGAAUCAGGCCGCACAUCUAGUCCAUCAAGUUUAUAUACUAGUUCGUCUGGCCUCACCCCUCCUCAAACACCUCACCCCGCAAGUUUGGCAGGCACCUCGACAUCAUAUGGUGGCAUCAAUCUUACAGCCGAAAAUCUCAAAAUUCGCCUAUAUUACCUCGAGACAAGAUCCAAGUGGCAAGAUUGCGGAAACGCUAGGCUAACCGUCACAACACCACCACCUGGCAUGCGUCAGGCUUGUGCUGUGGACCAGGGUAUCGAGCGUCGUAUCCUCGUCACGCGAAAACCGAUGAAACCGGAGAAUCCGGAUGAAUCGGUGGAGGUGUUAUUAGACAUUGUGCUAGGUGCGGAUUGCUUCAGCAUGAUUGGGAAUAAGGGAGUUACGUGUAAUGUGUGGGAGGAUAUCGUGGGACCUAAUGGGGAGGUAGGAAUGGUGGGGCCGGUGGGAAGAGUCAGUGGGAGGACGAGGAAGUGGUGCUUGCAGACGGGAAGUGUACCCGAGGCGAGCUGGAUAUACAGUCUGGUGAGUGUGGGGAGAUGA